UUCUUCCGGGUGGGGCCCCGGGCGGAGGCGAUGGCGCCCUGGGCGCUGCUCAGCCCUGGGCUCCUGGUACGGACGGGGCACACCGUGCUGACCUGGGGGAUCACGCUGGUGCUCUUCCUGCACGAUACCGAGCUGCGGCAGUGGGAGGAGCAGGGGGAGCUGCUCCUGCCCCUCACUUUCCUGCUCCUGGUGCUGGGCUCCCUGCUGCUCUACCUGGCUGUGUCGCUAAUGGACCCAGGCUACGUGAAUGCACUGCCUCAGCCCCAGGAGGAGCCCAAGGAGGAGCAGACAGCCAUGGUCCCCCAGGCCAUCCCUCUUCGGCGCUGCAGAUAUUGCCUGGUGCUGCAGCCCCUGCGUGCCCGGCACUGCCGUGAAUGCCGCCGCUGCAUCCGCCGCUACGACCACCACUGCCCCUGGAUGGAGAACUGCGUGGGCGAGCGCAACCACCCGCUCUUCGUGGUCUACCUGGCCCUGCAACUGGUGGUGCUUCUGUGGGGCCUGUACCUGGCGUGGUCAGGCCUCCGGUUCUUUCAGCCCUGGGGGCUGUGGCUGCGGUCCAGCGGGCUGCUGUUUGCCACCUUCCUGCUGCUGUCCCUCUUCUCGCUGGUGGCCGGCCUGCUCCUGGCCUCACACCUCUACCUGGUCGCCAGCAACACCACCACCUGGGAGUUCAUCUCCUCACACCGCAUCGCCUACCUCCGCCAGCGCCCGGGCAACCCCUUCGACCGGGGUCUGACGCGCAACCUGGCCCGCUUCUUCUGCGGAUGGCCCUCGGGGUCCUGGGAGGCCCUCUGGGCCGAGGAGGAGGAGGAGGGCCGCAGCCAGGCAGUUUAGGGCCACCGAGGAGGGCUGCCAUCCUGGGCCUGAAAACCGGGGGCCUGCCCCCAGCUGAGGCCAGCCUGCGGGGAGCCCGGGGCAGCUUGCUCCUGCCAGGCCACCAGGCAGCACUUCAGGGCAGAAUCCCUGCCUCAGCGGGCAGUUCAGCCUUCCCAGGAAGAGGG